AUUUUGUGAAGCGGCGUAGGAGGUGGUGGCUGCGGUGGGCUCCGGGAAGCCGUUCGGGCUGGGGCUGUCGGCCGCGGGGCGGAGGCACUCGCGCGGGGGGUAACUCGGGUCUGGGUUCUGGUGCCGCGCAAGUUCUCCCCGGAUUGACUUGGCCUCUACUUCUUGUUAAGAAAAUACAUCUCUUGUUUAAUCAGGUGUGUGUGGUUUCAGCGCGCGCAGCAUGGCUGUGGUCAUCCGUUUGCAAGGUCUCCCAAUUGUGGCGGGGACCAUGGACAUUCGCCACUUCUUCUCUGGAUUGACCAUCCCUGAUGGGGGCGUGCAUAUUGUAGGGGGUGAACUGGAUGGCCAACUGUGUGACCUUGGUUCAGCUGUCCAUUUCCUGUGACCACCUCAUUGACAAGGACAUCAGCUCCAAGUCAGACCCACUCUGCGUCCUUUUACAGGAUGUGGGAGGGGGCAACUGGGCUGAGCUUGGCCGGACUGAGCGAGUACGGAACUGCUCAAACCCUGAGUUCUCCAGGACUCUGCAGCUCGAGUAUCACUUUGAGACAGUCCAGAAACUACGCUUUGGAAUCUAUGACAUAGACAACAAGACACCAGAGCUGGGAGAUGAUGACUUCCUAGGGGGAGCUGAGUGUUCCCUGGGACAGAUUGUGUCCAGCCAAAUGCUGACUCUACCCUUGAUGCUGAAGCCUGGAAAACCUGCUGGGAAGGGAACCAUCACGGUCUCAGCUCAGGAGUUAAAGGAUAGUCGUAUAGUAACAAUGGAGGUAGAGGCCAGAAACCUUGAUAAGAAGGAUUUCCUGGGAAAAUCUGAUCCAUUUCUGGAGUUCUUCCGCCAGGGUGAUGGGAAAUGGCACUUGGUGUACAGAUCUGAGGUAAUUAAGAACAACCUGAAUCCUACCUGGAAGCGCUUCUCAGUUCCCUUUCAGCAUUUCUGUGGUGGAGACCCUAGCACGCCCAUCCAAGUACGCUGCUCAGACCAUGACAGUGAUGGGUCACAUGAUCUCAUUGGUAUUUUCCACACUAGCUUGGCCCAACUACAGGCAGUCCCGGCCGAGUUUGAAUGUAUCCACCCUGAGAAGCAGCAGAAAAAGAAAAGCUAUAAGAACUCUGGAACUAUCUGUGUCAAGAUUUGCCAGGUAGAAACAGAAUAUUCCUUCCUGGACUAUGUUAUGGGAGGCUGCCAAAUCAACUUCACUGUAGGUGUUGACUUCACUGGCUCCAAUGGUGAUCCCUCCUCACCUGACUCCCUGCACUACCUGAGUCCUACAGGAGUCAACGAAUACCUGACAGCACUAUGGAGUGUGGGCAGUGUAGUUCAAGACUAUGACUCGGACAAGCUGUUCCCAGCAUUUGGAUUUGGGGCCCAGGUACCCCCUGAUUGGCAAGUUUCACAUGAAUUUCCCUUGAACUUCAAUCCCAAUAACCCAUAUUGUGCAGGCAUCCAGGGCAUUGUGGAUGCCUACCGCCAAGCCCUACCCCAAGUACGCCUCUAUGGCCCCACCAACUUUGCACCCAUCAUCAACCAUGUGGCCAGGUUUGCAGCCCAGGCUGCAUAUCAGGGGACUGCCUCGCAAUACUUCGUGCUGUUGCUGUUGACUGAUGGUGCUGUGACAGAUGUGGCGGCCACAUGUGAAGCUGUGGUGCAUGCCUCGAAACUGCCCAUGUCAGUGAUUAUUGUGGGUGUUGGUGGUGCUGACUUUGAGGCCAUGGAACAGCUUGACGCCGAUGGUGGGCCUCUGAGGACACGCUCUGGAGAGGCAUCUGCCCGCGACAUAGUACAGUUUGUGCCUUAUCGCAAAUUCCAAAAUGCUCCUCGGGAAGCAUUGGCUCAGACUGUACUUGCAGAAGUGCCUACACAGGUGGUCUCCUACUUCAAGGCCCAAGGUUGGGCCCCAUUCAAGAUGCCUCCAUCCCCCGCCAAGGGUCCUGUCCAGACCCCACAGGUCUAGAUUCCCUUGGAGGGUGGGCUAUGGCUAGACCAGGUCCUUAGCCUUGUACCCCCAAGAUUCUCUGGGCCAUGGCCCAACCCUAGACCCAUGCUAGCACUUUAUAUUUGAUACUUUUAUACUGGCUUCUGCUAUUGCUGCUCUUCCUGUUUGUCCCUUAUCAUUUAAUAAAGACCAGUAAAAGACCA